UUUUUUCAGUUCUCUGAAUUAUUUACCUGCAAACUUUAUAAAUGAUCAAAAUUAUGGGCUUAGGAAAUUUUUUAAUUUAUAUUUUUAUAAGUUCUAUGGAAAUUUAUAAUGUCUAUAGUAUAGGUUACGAAAUUCGUAUAUCAAGUUUCGAAUUGCAUCCGACAGAAAGUAAAAUACUUUAUAUUGAAAAUAUGAAAAUUGUGAGAUUCCCAAAAAAGAAGGAGCUUUCACUGAGUGGAACACUUAUAGUUGGAGAUUUUCCGGAGGAUAUGAAGAUGUCAGUAACAACUUCGAGAAAAGUCGGGUCAACGUUUGUGGAACAACCUUUUGCAAGUUUUAAAGAUGUUGAUGCUUGUGAAAUGUUUAGCAAAGAUACUAUGAUAAUGCCUUUAAUAAAAAAGAGUUCCAAUAUUCCUGACAAGUGUCCAAUUCCUAAGGGCACAUAUCAAAUUGUCAACUUAUCUACAACACCAGAAAAUUUACCAAGGUUUUUACCACAUGGUGACUGGAAUGUCACAACUGAAUGGAAAGUAAAUAACGCGACAAUAUAUGGCAUAACGACUUAUUCUACAAUUGUACCAGCUUGUUGUUAAUUGGUUUAUUCUUUUUGUGUCGGCGUACCUACUACACUCAAAAGCAGGCACGGACGAAUUAUUUUAAGUCGAAGUCACCAUUGUUAUAACUUUAUUGUGUAUCAAAAACUUUAUU